AUGUCACUCACUUUCGACUGCCCUAUCCCUGACUGCGGCUUCAGCACCAAGUCCCAAUCCGAUUUCUGGAAGCACGUGGAAGAAGACCAUGGAGAGCAUGGACCUCCGGCCGUUGGGGACAAGGUCUCUGUCAAACCGAGUCUCAGCACAAUCUUUGAGGACGAUGCUCUGGACUUCAAGCCAGAUAACACCAAGCAGCCCGUUCACAACUCCACCCAGAAUGAGAUGAUGCCUGAGCGUGCGAUGUUAGGACAUGGACCGCCACCCGUGGCAGAGAACUCGGGGUGCAAGGAUUCUUUCAAGUCUACGCUAAGCACCGUCACAGUGGAGGACGAAGCUCCAAACUUUAAGUCAAAGGAACCCGCGCCUGCUCCCAGUACCUCGAAGACUCGACUUCCCAGCACCGCAUCCCACAAAGCCAAGGUGGAUAAAGAACGCGAGGACUACCCCGACGACAAUGACUCGGUCAUAUGGAUGCUUGACAAGCGACGAGCUGAUACCUUGGACACUUUGGAAUCUCAUGGUGGGCUCUUGGUGUUCGAUGCUGUUCAAGGCCCGUCCUCUGCCCGCGCACUCUGA